AUGGAACUCAAGUUCCCAUACACCUACAAACAUAUUCACGCCUUCAAAAAAGCAUGGCAUAUUCCCCCAAGGUGGAUCGACAACAACCAGUCACCGCCCGAAAACAUCAUCGAAGCAGUACGAUUAGCAUCAAAAGCCGUCGAGUCUCAUCCCGAGCGCCAUAUUCCGUUCUCAAAUAUUCCCCUCAUGAUGCAUCAAAAAUGGGAUACCACUCAGCUACUUGGCACAAAGGAGAUGAUUCUUUCCUACAUAGAGACAUGGCUGACAGAUGCCAUCUCUCCUCCUCCGGGAUCUAGUGAAAUGGCAUAUUUUCUCUGGGAUAAUGAAGGCGUUUUAACACUGAUGGAAGAGUACGAGAACGAUCUGGUGAGCGAUUUUGUCGAGGUGUUUUCACCUGUAGAAAAGGUGGACAUUUUCCGCAUUGCAGUUUGUAAAUGGUUUGGGGGUAUUUACGGCGACGUCGACACGAAAGCGCUUAAACACCCGUCUCAGUGGAUUCACUCAGCUGAUAUCUCUGAAUGGGCCGAUGGAAUGACUGGGAAGUCAUAUGGCUUAAACGAUACUACGCUGGCGAAUAUAAGCAAAAGCUCUGGGCAACCUCUACCGGUAAACGCAAUUUGGGGGAUUGAAUGCGAUACAGACCCGAACACAAAUGCUCAUUGGCGCAUGGCAUAUACAUAUCCUGUGCAGCUUACAAACUGGGCAUUUGCAUCUGCAUCCAACCAUCCUAUACUGCAUUAUUUCUUGGAUUGUCUGAAGGAGAAAGCUGCCGAAGCUAGAGACAGGGUUCUAAAGCAUCCAGGUACCAGCUUAUCCGAGCUACACUACGAUCCAGUAACGCGCACAGGCCCUGUAGCCGUCACAGAAGCUACUAAUUGGUGGUUGGAAAAGCACGACGACUUGAGAUGGAACGCAUUGACGGGCUUAAAGGACGGUGGGAAGACUAAGCUAGUGGGCGACGUCUUGAUUCUUCCGAUAACAGGAUUCAGCCCAACGGACGAGAAAUACAGCAGAAUGGGAGAGAAAUCUUGGGACGAUCCUGAUGCUCGACUUGCUCACAAAGCUAUGGGCUCAUGGCAUCACACGAAUAUCAUAGUUGAGUAUGGUAAAUUUUGUCGCUCAUUCUUUGGUCUAUGUAAGGAUUGGCAGAAGAUGUGGUAA